CUUCGUGUCUCAGCGAUAAACGAGCUGCAACCGACAGGUAUCGUGGUUUACCAUCCAUCUACCUCUCAUUAGCUUACAUGUCUACAACAGUCUUAAUGGUCAAAAUAAAAAACUUUUUUGGCAGACCUUGCAAAGACCUUGACUUCGUGUUAAACAACUUGUUCCAAAUGCUUCGGCUUGUUUUUGUAACAGGCAUCGUGCUGACAACAACAGUGAAAGAAUUUACAUCCAGGAAGAAAGUGAAGAUGGCAGUGAAAUAGUCCGUUAACCCUGGCAAAAUAUCGUAUUUUACCGUGAUGUACUAAAAGAAGAGAGAGAAGAAGGACGAAAAAUAAAAAAGAAAGAAAAGAAGAAAGGAGUGAAGGAUAAAUAAAAAACACUUCCGCACAAUCCGAGGAGCAAAAUGCCUUUAACACUCGUGUCUACGUGACCCCGCCUCGCGGGAUUGUUGGCGAGACUUUGACCCUGGAGUGUGAAGGCUUCCUGGACUUGAGUGCCAGUGACUACUUCAUACCUGGCAUGAAGUAUGAGGGAACCAAGCGCUUGAGUAUGUUCAGGCGUUUGUGGAAUGGCUCAACGAUAGAAGUAGCAGAGAUGACUGCGGACUACAAGAAUCCCCAUCUCCUGGAUUCAGACUUCCAGGACGCCAGAGUCUGGAGCUUCUACCACAAGAUGCGCGUGCAGCAACUGAAGGUGGUCUUGCCCGAUGUCGGGUGCCAGUUCACGGGUGCCUACUGGUGUGAAUCCGCCAUCUGGGUCAACGGUGGGAUCGUCCAGCACAAAAGUCAACCCAGAGAGUUUACAAUACACGACUGUGACACGAAAGAUAUGAUAAGAACUGGGGUCUAUCCAAUCCUGGCUCUUGAUCCACGCUUGAUGUCCCUGACAAAAGUGGGCGCCACUCUCAAACUAAAAUGCUCCCUAGACAUAAACAGACCCAUCCACAAGGAGCGGAUAUCUCGCUACGCCAUCACCUUCUACGGAGAAGUGAUCGCCAGCAUGACCACGAAAAACAAAAUCACUUUUUCGGACAGGUAUACGGCGCGCAAAGUGAAAGUGAAGGGGAAGGCAACUUCUUACCCCCCCUAUCUGGAAGUCACCCUCAAGGACCUAAGGUGCACUGACUUGGGGUCUUUCCGUUGCACAGUCUGGGCUUUGGACGAAUUCCACGACGUGGUGACCGUUAGUGACCACAAGGAACUCCUGCACACAGACAAUCGGGAUCUCAAGUCCUUGGCCUUACAGUGCCCCCUCCACGUGGACAAGUCGCCAAAUGUCCUGAAACCUCAUCUCCCCUUCACACUCACCUGCUCCGCAGUUGUAGGGCUGACCUCCGUCCGCGCGAUUCCCAACGUUGAGAGCAUCACCAUGCGGAGGAGCACGCUUGAGGUCAAGGACGUCGUUGUAGCAACUAUGAACGAGACAGGGUCAACAGCUUUGACGGGGGUCCCAGGAGAGACUGCGCAUGGCAUCAUCUUGUCUGCCUAUGUUGUUAGCCUAAGAUAUUCGGUGCCACAUGCCGGCUGUCACCACGUUGGAGUCUACUGGUGCUCGGUGGUUAUGGACAACAAAACCAGGGAAGGACCACGCAACUUCAUCGGCUUCCCGUGUCACUCUUCAAAGUUAAAUGGCUCUGGAGGCGGUUCUAACGAUGGACCUGGAGGUGGUUCUACAGAGAGACCUGGACGUGAUGUAGAUGGCUCUGGAGGCGGUUCUAACGAUGGACCUGGAGGUGGUUCUACAGAGAGACCUGGACGUGAUGUAGAUGGACCUGGAGGUGGUUCUAACGAUGGACCUGGAGGUGGUUCUAACGAUGGACCUGGAGGUGGUUCUACAGAGAGACCUGGACGUGAUUUAGAUGGCUCUGGAGGCGGUUCUAAAAAUGACUCUGAAGGUCCAAGAAAAGUGCUGGAGCUAAGGCUGUCAGUGGACAUGGUUAGUGAGGCAGAGACCAAGAAUGUCUUGGAAAUACAGUGUGUGGUGCCCGCCAGUGAUAUCAAGCAGUUAGACAAGGCUGAAGUAUACCUCAACAAUCAAGAGAUCAUCAGCACCGAGGGGGGUAGAGUAAUGACAGCACGUGACAGUUUUUACAAAGAGGAAUCUACUCGCACUGAGAUUACGCUGCGUCACCUGCCGACGGGAGCGUGGGUGGGCUUGGAUAUCACCAUCACCCCAUUCACCUGUCACCUUGCGGGACUGUUCUUGUGCAAGCUGCAAGUGACCACUAAAGACAAUAAAACUCUCCUGUUGAACGGCACUAAAUGGAACACCCUUCCACUUCCGGAAAACUUAAAGGAGAUCAAUACCCAGAAAUUUAGUAACACAGUCAACUGCAGUGGAGUACUGGAGCCACCCUACAAUGCCUUCAAACUACUUCACCGUGACACCUCUGGGUCAUGGGUGGAGAAGUCCAACAUCCUAAGUAAGCGGACUUCGCUGGACAGGAUCAGCAACUGUUGGUUAAAAGGUUACGAGAUAUUCACAUUGAAAAACUCACAAGAUAAAACAUGGAAGUGUGCAACUCAUUUCCAGAAAUCGUAGAAUGAUUCAGCUUGUCCUCAAAAUGGCAGCGUGCUUCCAACGCUAUGUUCUUUGUUCUGAAAUUUUUUAAUUCCUUUUUCAGCUAUUUUUUUAGCAUUUUUCGUUUAGAAAAAGACUGAAAUCGGAAAAGAAAUGUGACCAAAAGGACGUUGACUGCAAUGAUUAAAUGGCAAACAUUUGAUCUUCAAGUACGACAAUGCUAUAAGCUCUGCAGAGUAUUCUUCCCAACAUAUUUUUGUUUACUUAUGUUGGCGUACAAUUAGCAUUUUCCAUUCACUGGUGAUGAAGUUAGAAUACUGGACACUGACGACUACUCCCUCAUUGUAAUAUGACAAAGACAGUCCUUGCACUCUUGUUGACAGGAAGUCAACACAUUUGCAGCCUUCUUAUCACUGUUCCUUGGUAGUCACAUGACAAUAAAGUUGUUGUAGUCUGAAGGUGGUUUCUUGGAUUCAGUGCAUGUGGAGAGUAUAUUGAUUCUUCGUUCACGUUAAGACAAUGUUGUAAAUAGCACUUAUAAAGUAGAGCAUCGCAAUGAGUUGUGCGAUGGUUGAAAUAAAGACAAAUCCACUGUUUGUCCGAUCCUCAUCAAAUUUUGACUAGUGCUGUCAUCUAUACUUAAGUUAUUGACUGUAUGGACUAUGAUGUAUUUUGCCUUGGGAUAUGUUUACUUUUCACGUUUAAUUACUGCCUUUUGUUGUCGGUGGCUCCAAAUUAAUACAAAUCACUAUCCACAACAUUGGGGAAUGAUGCUUUAGCAUGAAAUAAUACUUUUUGGCGAUUGGCCUCAUCUUGCUAGGGAAAUCUAAUGUACAAGAAGCAAUAAUAAAAACCAAACUUCACCCACUGUCGUCUUCAGUCUUCAUACAAUUAUAAGUUAGUCAUUGUAAUGUUGUAUUUUUAUAUGGUGCUAAAGGGGCUCAGAUUUAGACAUGUGUUGUGCAACUGAUCCCAGCACAAAUUUUCAUGUACCUCUUCUCACAGUAAAUUAUUUUAGACAGCAGAAAUAGGGGGUUGGGGAAGAGCAAGUAAACAAGUCACUUUGCGACUGGUAUCACCACAGGUUUAUCUUCCUCUUCACUUGUAACCCAAACUUCGUGACCCCCAAUGACAGGUGUCGUGCACUCCGUCAAGAAGGGACAUCAUAAGUACAGUGGCUACUUUGAAACAGCACAUAAAUACCAUUUACCAAUGAUCUAACAGAUUAAAUAUUGACUUGCAAGAGUUAGCAGAAAAAUAUAAAAACCGUGCAGUAAAAAGUCUAUAAUAUAUAAUAGUAAUAUAAUAGAUGAUAGGACACACUUUCUGCAAAUGCAAAUGAAGGAAUAUAAUUUUUGAAAGUGUGUUGCUAUGAAAAUCUUAUUGUCAUCUUCAUGCAGUCUCCUCGUCAAGUUGUCCAGUCACCUUAAAUGGUAAAAAGUAAACAAUCAGACACCAAACACUUCCCUGUGCAAGAUCAUUUACAUUGCAUUUACAUUUACUGAAGUUAGGAGACCUUUUAUGACUAUUCCCUUAUAGUGAUGAAUACAUCAGAAUGAAAAUAUCUUUUAUUUGUAUUCUUGUAAAGUCUCAGCUGUUAUCUUACCAACCCCAACUCUCACAUGGAUCUCUUCAGAAGUUGACCCCACCCCUAGAUAGUCAUAUACAGUCUUUAUUGUGCCAUCCUUGACUCUUACCCCAAAUAUGUGCUGGAAAGGUGGUAGUGAGAUUAGGCAUUGGGACUGUAUAAUAAGAGCACAAUGAAAAUUUUUCUCAAUUUUAUUUCAAAACUUUUACCAUGAAACCAUGAUUUACCAUCACAGAUAAUUCAGAUGCAUAUACUGGUGAUAAAUUAUUAACAUGUAUUAGUAUUAUUUCUGCCAAAUAGGCAUCGGAGAAAACUAAAUCAAGUUUUUUAUGUUAUGUAAAAAUAUCAAAUUUUUAUGCCCCUCAAUGCAAGUCUGUGCAGAACAUUUGAAAUAGUGUACAUUGUGAUGAAACUCGCACCUUAAUAUAUUGAUAAUGCUUGAAAUGUUUCAAGAAACUCUGAAAUAAAGUAGCAUCAUGAGCUGUUCCUGACAAAACGUUACAAUCUACCCAAAAAAUGAAAAUGGAUUUUGAAAAUAAAUAACCACUUUGCAUUUCAAGAAAGAUAUUAAAUACACAAAAAAUCAGAAUCACUUCUGUUAAUUGUUGUUAUGCCUAUUUAUAAACAAAAGCUAAAUAUUUUAGUAUGAUGAUCCCUUCACCUAAUAAUAUAGUAAGAUAAGUGCACACAGACAUAUGUACUUACCGCAGGAGCCUCAUAUAAGCUUUGAAACCCCAAAAAUUUUUAUUUCAAAAGUUCAAUAUCCUUUUCUGCCAGCAGAUGGAGUUUCAUCUUACAGCAAGACAAUGAGUUUUGGUCAGGUGACUCGUAUUCUGCACUUUCCAUUUAUUUCCAUACUUUCAUGUAUUUAAAUAGUUUAAGUCAAGUAAUUAAUACCUGCAAACAAUGGUCUCUAUUGUCACCUCCAAUAACCAUAUAAAACUAACCAUUUCCAAGUAAAUGGAUAAAAAAAAAAUUUAGCUAAGAAAAUAAAAACUUGAAAAAAAAAAAAA